AUGUUCCGCUCCAUGUUGCCCCGGACAUCACCGCGGGCGGGCCUCCGCGCUGCUGCCCCCCAGUCCGCUCAGUCGACCUUUGUUGUUCCUUCUAUGACCUUUUUGAGAACCUCGAAACGGGGUUAUGCUGCUGAAGCUGGUGAUCACGACGUUGUGAUCAUUGGUGGUGGUGUCGCUGGUUAUGUUGCUGCCAUUAAGGCCGGCCAGGCCGGUAUGAAGACCGCAUGUAUCGAGAAGCGCGGCCGUCUCGGUGGUACCUGCUUGAACGUCGGCUGUAUCCCCUCGAAGUCUCUUCUCAACAACUCCCACCUCUACCACCAGGUCCUCCACGACACAAAAAAGCGCGGUAUUGAGGUUGGUGAUGUCAAGCUCAACCUCGAGCAGAUGAUGGCCGCCAAGGACACCUCCGUCGAUGGCCUCACCAAGGGUAUCGAGUUCCUCCUCAAGAAGAACAGCGUCGACUACAUCAAGGGUACUGGUGCCCUGGUUGACCCUCACACCGUCAAGGUCAACCUUAACGAGGGUGGUGAGCAGACCCUCCGCGGAAAGAACAUCCUCAUUGCCACUGGCUCUGAAUCGACUCCCUUCCCCGGCCUGAACAUCGACGAGAAGAGAAUCAUCACCAGCACUGGUGCUCUGGAGCUCAAGGAGGUUCCUAAGAAGAUGGUUGUCAUUGGUGGUGGUAUCAUUGGUCUGGAGAUGGCUUCCGUCUGGUCUCGUCUCGGUUCCGAAGUUACCGUCGUCGAAUUCCUGGGCCAGAUCGGUGGUCCUGGUAUGGACGCUGAGAUCGCCAAGCAGACCCAGAAGAUCCUGGGUAAGCAAGGUAUCAAGUUCAAGACUGGCACCAAGGUCACCAGUGGUGACGACAGCGGUGCUACCGUCUCCCUCAGCGUUGAGGCCUCCAAGGGUGGUAAGGAGGAGACCCUGGAUGCUGAUGUCGUCCUCGUUGCCAUUGGCCGUCGCCCCUACACUGAGGGUCUCGGUCUGGAGAACGCUGGAAUCGAGAAGGACGACAAGGGCCGCCUGGUGAUCGACCAGGAGUACCGCACCAAGCACCCUCACAUCCGUGUCGUUGGUGACUGCACGUUCGGCCCCAUGCUUGCCCACAAGGCUGAGGAGGAGGCUGUUGCUGCCAUCGAGUACAUCCAGAAGGGCUACGGCCACGUCAACUACGGCGCCAUCCCCAGCGUCAUGUACACCCACCCCGAAGUCUCGUGGGUUGGCCAGAAUGAGGCCGAAGUCAAGGCCGCCGGUGUCAACUACCGCGUCGGUACCUUCCCCUUCAGCGCCAACUCCCGUGCCAAGACCAACCUCGACACCGAGGGUAUCGUCAAGUUCAUUGCCGACGCCGAGACCGACCGCAUCCUUGGUGUUCACAUCAUCGGCCCCAACGCCGGCGAGAUGAUCGCCGAGGCUACCCUCGCCGUCGAGUACGGCGCUUCUUCCGAGGACGUUGCCCGGACGUGCCACGCCCACCCUACCCUGGCCGAGGCCUUCAAGGAGGCCGCCAUGGCUACGCACUCGAAAGCCAUCCACUUCUAA